CGCCCGCUCUCCCUCACUCUCGCCUUUACCAGCGGCUUUGCUGAAGUGUCUGAGAACACGGCGACCUCCGCCGCCUGACGUUAUGCGCAUCAAGUCGCUGUCCGAGGUGCUGAUGUCCUUUCUGAGCGAUGUGAUCAGCUUCAUUUGAGCAAACUGAAUACUCUCGACGUUCCAUUUUCUCCCUGCAGUUUUACCCGUGAUUUUCCACUCCACUGACCCGAGCUAAAAGGAACUGCCACCGAACACACAAACAGAAAAAUGCGAUGGAAGAGGCAAAAAGCCUGACCACGUGUUUUCACUGGUGACGAAUCCGAAACGCUGUCCUCUUCGUCAGAGCCGGUUUUUGGCCCCCCAACAAACCGGGGCGUGUAUGGAAGAGAGGGACGAGGGCCGAGAUGAUCGAGCUACAAGACGGAGGCUACUUGCGCAAAGGAUUCAUUAAAAGCCUGCAUGUAUAUUUACAGCAUUUGCUUGAACUGUCAUUCCAUUGAACUCUACAAUGCCAGGCCUUUUUGCUCACAACCAUGGCAGGAACUCAACCCAACUUCAUUGGGAUCCAGGAAGCACAGUUUUACUUUCUUCAUCUUCCUUCAUCAACAGCAUGGUUAAGAUUAGUCUCCUUUCACUUAUCGUCUGCAGCUCACUCUUCGGUAAUGUGCUAGUCCUGCUGGUCUUUCAGCGCAAGCCACAGCUCUUGCAUGUUGCCAACCGCUUUGUACUCAACUUGUUGAUGGCAGACCUUCUCCAAACAGUUUUGGUGAUGCCCUUUGUGAUUGCCACCACUGUGCCUAAUGUCUGGCCACUGGAUCGCCGUCUGUGCCAAGCCUUGGUGGUUCUAAUGCACCUGUUUGCCUUUGCUGGUGUCAAUACUAUAAUUGUGGUGUCUGUUGACAGGUACCUGGCAAUAAUCCACCCUCUCUCCUACCCAACCAGGAUGACUCCUCACCGAGGGACAAACCUCAUAGUACUUACUUGGCUUCUGAGUGUCCUGCAGAGCACACCACCAGUUUAUGGCUGGGGAACUAUUGAUUUUGACCAGUACCAUCACUUCUGCACAGUGGUCUGGUCUUCCAGCUACUCAUACUCCACAGCAGUAUCCAUCUUCUCUUUUUGGGUGCCCGUUUGUAUCAUGUUAGGCUGCUACUGGAUGGUUUUUCGAGCUGCCCGGAGGCAAAAUGCCUUGGUACACCCAACACAAUCUGUCAACCACAGCAACCCCAGCACAGUCAGCAAUGUCUGUCAAGUGCAAGAGUCUUCAGAGGGGGCAAGCUCUGGAUACACCAGUCGAGUGCGCCAAAGACGCUUUCACUACCAUUGCAAAGCAGCCAAAGUGGUCUUUGUUAUUAUGUCUUCAUAUAUUUUUAGCAUGGGGCCUUAUAGUGUUCUUAGCACAAUUUCAAUCAACAGGAACUACCAUGUGCCCCAAUGGAUGACCUCCCUUGCUAUCAUCCUUUUCUUCUUCCAGUGCUGCAUUCAUCCUUACAUCUAUGGAUACAUGCAUCGCAGUGUCCGUAAGGAGUUCCUUGCACUCCUUUGUGGUUCAUUUUGCCAACAAAUUCAGCCUCGCACCUCUGGAAUAGACAGCUGUUUUACAGUAACUGAUGGUAGAGCAAUGCACUCUCAUUUACCAGGGGCAGCUGUGCGAGUCUGUUCCCUGAGGACUUGGGAGGAGGGUACAACUUCAUCAUCCCCUACUGAGAGGAGGUCAAAAGACAGCAGGAAGGAAACUACCUCAAUGAGCUUUAGCUCAGAAAGAGAACUGAAUGUCUUACCCAAGACAACUUGAAAUUAUAUGAUUGUAGAUGAUGUCACAGUAUGACCAGCCUUCAUAGUUUGCACCUAGGUUGCACAUUGAAGGCAGCAGAUGUGAGAAUUGGCUGGUAACAAGGAUGGCAGAAUGUCUACUUAGCAUCAGUUAUAACAGGGACCCCUGACAUUAGGAAGUCUCAAAUGAAGGUAAGAAUGGCACUUACUUCUUAAAAAUCACUUAAAAAGUCAGGGUUUGAACUGGUUUGAAGCACCUAGACACCUACAGCUUAGUUAACCAUUCCUUUCAUUCCAGUAUUAAAUUAAAAAUCUACUGACAGUUUAACAAAUAGCAUUUUAUUUGUAUUCAAAAUGGCCAGUAUUUGUACUGUAUCUUGAAAUUAACAAUAUGCGACGAUAGGGCAAUCCUGGGAAGGCAUUCAGCCUGAAAUAAUUAUUUAAAAGAAUGACAACAUAUUAUUUUCAAGUUUGAAUGUUUUAUGCAGUAUUUUUUCAGUAUUUUGAAUGUUUUUCUUGUCCACUGUUUACACAGGGUCAUAUAUUAGAAUUCUGAGACAUAUGAGCUUUAGAUUCUGCUCAUUUUCAUUAGUGAACAAAACUUGUUCUGGAGUUGGAAUUUGCUUAAUACCUACCGUUAGGAAUAGUCUCUGCCAUGGUCCCGAUAUUUUUGACUUAUGCUUUAACUGCAACAAAAUUAGCAGAAAAGACAAUCAUGCUGCUGGUUCCUGAAAGAAAGGGACAUUUUGAUUUGUCAAAGUAAAUUGCAUUUUUGAAUUGUAUUAUACAUGUAUGAACUAUUUGAUAACAAAACUAUGAGUUAUUUAAAAAA